AAUGGACUGAAGCAGUGCUUGUCUGAGUUCCAGAGGCACUUGGACUGGGUUGAAAGGCUUGAUGUUACCUCUCAUCUGGCAGCAGAUGUUACAAGUUCAGCUUCUAAAACAUUUGAUAAAGAUGCUGCUGAUCCUGAGGAUGACUUCAAAAGAGAAAUGAGUUUUUACCAUCAAGCCCAAGCAUCUGUUCUAGAGGCCUUACCUCGACUACAUCAGCUGAAAAUUCCUACCAGGCGUCCUGAUGACUAUUUUGCAGAAAUGGCAAAGUCUGAUCAACAGAUGCAGAAGGUAAGAUUUAUCACUCCUUGCAUUUAAAAAAAAAAUAGCUCA